AUGUCGGUGAAACAUACCGUCGCGGACCCGCGGCAGCUGCAGCUGGCACAUGUGGGCGAGGGCAGAGGUUUCUUCGACUUCCCGGCCGAAACUCGCUCUGCCCCGCCCUCGCGCUCGGGGCGCCCGCCCACGGCGCUUAUGGCCGGAGGUGCCAGCACCCUGCGUCCCAUUCCGGAGACCGUCUCGCUCUGCAACGAGCCUGCGUCCUCGCUAGCAUCGCGGAGCAAGGAGCCGUGGCGCUCCCCGGCAGUGGCAGACUUUGCAACUGGCCUGGAAACAGGCAAAGUGGAGGCCAUGGUCCUGCAUGGUCCUCGAGGUUUGGCUUUGCGGGCUGCGGGGGAGUCCAAGGACCACCAGGUGGCUACCAAGGUGGUAGCAGAUAUCGAGGCCAGGAAGCAGCAGCAGAAGGCGGUCCAGCAGGGCCCUUCUGUUGACCUCGCUGAGCACAACAUGUAUCGCUACAACAAAUCCCGUCGCAACGCCGUUCCCCGAGCUGACGACCUAGUGCUGGCAGUGCCAUCCUCGGCGCCGCGCGAGGCACCGGCAUUUGGCGCCGUCUACGAGUAUCGGGACUCCUGUGGAACUGCCAAAGUGGUGGCCUCGACUGCCUCCGUUCCGGAACGUCAGUUUGCACUGGAUCAGCGACACUACGAGAAUGUCCUGCCGGCAAAGAUGGACCCUAAGUUGGUUUGGGUGGGCGUCUCUGGUGGCAGGGGUGGCCUCAACGAUGCUGAGAUGUCAGAAGUGCGAAGGCAGGUGGCCAAUGCAAGGGCCGACAGGCUUCACGCGAAGAAACUCUCCGACAUCAAGCCGUACUCUCGGCAUGGUUAG